AUGGAGAGCGGCCUCAUAAAUGGGGCAGUAUUUAUUGAUCUACGCAAAGCUUUCGACAUGGUAGAUACAGAUUUGUUAUUACGAAAACUUGCAGUUUACAGAUGUGAUGAUUUGACAUUAACCUGGUUUAAGUCAUACCUGCAAGAAAGAGACCAAUGUGUGUGCACUUUAAAGGAAAUUUGUCAUCUAAGAAAUCUUCUCUGUAUGGUGUCCCCCAAGGAAGUAUUCUGGGACCUUUAUUGCAUGUUUAUAAUGUUUAUCAACGAUCUUCCACUAUAUGUCAAUUCCAACACAGACAUGUAUGCUGAUGAUUCGACAAUCCAUACAAGUGCUAGAACAGUUGAGGAACUCAAUAAUAAAUUAACUGAGGAUAUGACAAACGUUCAAGCUUGGUGUACUAACAACAACAUGGUAAUAAAUGAUGGUGAAACGAAGGCAAUGAUGAUAACAGCAUCUCAACGCGCAGCUACAUUAAAUUCAAAUCUACGAGUGGAAUUUAACGGUGUCCAGUUAGAAUACCAACACUGA